GAUGACUUUACAACAGACUUGUGAAAAUAAAUAGUAGUGAAAUUGGUAUUUUACUGAAACUAUAUUAAAAAAGUGUAAGUGAAAAAGUUAUCUCGGACUGAAAAAUUCUUCUUAAAGAGAGCGAAAACGUGCGAUGCCCUGCAAUGUGGAGCUAUGUGAUGGCCGCCGCCAGAGGUGACCCACGUCGGCGACCUGGCUCGGUUUUCACAGUACAGUCAGCUAAUUGCGGCCCUGGACCUUGCAGGGACGGACUGAACUGUGCCAGAUAUCCGCUCAAUUCCGGAUACAAUUCGGCCACUUUUCAAAAGGACGCCAUAAGUCGGGGAUUUUCGAGAGAUGAACUCAACUCGACUAUCUCUCGCGAUGGCUCCAGAGACGUCUUGGCGGAAGUCCGGGUGCAAACGCCCUAUUCGGAAAGAUGCCAGAGUCCCACGGAAUCUCCCUUUACGCAACCGUUGCAGGAAAAUGUCCCGCAAAACAGACUGUUUUCGGCAAUGCGAGGACGGUUAAGACAAGUGGCAGCAUCCCUCCAGGCAGCAAUUCGUUUCCGACGGUUUCCCCGAAGGGACUCACACCCCCCCGAUUGGUUCGUGGACAAAAGUCACCAGGAUGAAAAUGCUGAUGCAAUGGAUACUUCAGAACCCACUUGUUGGGGUCACCGGAUUGUUGUUGAUCCAGCGCUUCCGUCCUACUAUAAGUGGCUGAUGGUUGUCUCUCUGGCUGUGCUGUACAACGUUAUUUUUGUCCUGGGAAGAGCUGUGUUUUGGGAACUUAAUAACUCAGUGCCAUGGCUUUGGUGGACGUUGGAUUAUUUCUGUGAUACGAUCUACAUUGCAGAUAUAUUUGUUCAUGCUCACGAAGGUUAUCUGGAACAAGGACUUUUGGUAACGAAUUCCCGAAAACUUCGCGCACAUUAUUUCCAAACAAAGCUUUGGAGGAGCGACUUUUUGGCGUUGAUACCAACGGAUGUGGCCUAUAUCUGGUGGCCCCCUUACGAGUGCAACAUUAAAGUGCCGUGUCCUAUAAUUGUGAGACUGAAUCGACUGUUUAAAUUGCCGCGACUAUGGGAAUGGUUCGAGCGGACAGAAACCGAUACAAAUUAUCCAAACGUUUUUAGAAUCUGUAAAGUAGUUUUAGCAAUUCUUGUGCUUAUACAUUGGAACGCGUGCCUCUAUUUCGCCAUAAGCUACGCGAUUGGAUUCGGCAUCGACAAUUGGGUCUACAACUUGGAUGGACCGAAGAAUUCCACGUUGGCUAGACAGUAUAUUUACAGCUUUUACUGGUCAACACUCACUUUAACGACCAUCGGGGAAACUCCAGUGCCUGAAAACGAUGCGGAAUAUCUCUUCGUCGUCGCUGACUUCCUGGCGGGUGUUUUGAUCUUCGCCACUAUCGUAGGUAAUAUCGGUUCGAUGAUAUCCAACAUGAAUGUGGCCCGUGUCGAUUUCCAAAACCGUAUGGAUGGAGUUAAGCAGUACAUGGCCUUCAGAAAAGUGGGUCGCGAACUGGAAGCUAGGGUAAUUCGUUGGUUCGCAUAUACAUGGGCAGAAAGCGGAGCUUUGGACGAAGAACGCGUCCUAUCGGCUCUACCAGAUAAAUUGAAAGCGGAAAUUGCUAUUAGAGUACACUUAGAAACACUUCGAAAAGUAAGGAUAUUUCAGGAUUGCGAGCCUGGAUUACUGGAGGCUCUCGUGCUCAAAUUACGCCUGCAGGUGUUUUCUCCGGGUGAUUACAUUUGCCGCAAAGGCGACGUGGGCAAAGAGAUGUAUAUCGUCAAAAGGGGUCGAUUACAGGUGGUGGCCGACGACGGUGUAAACGUAUUAGCGACAUUAGGCGCAGGAUCGGUGUUUGGAGAAGUAAGUGUAUUGGAUAUUGCCGGAAAUCGGACCGGAAAUAGAAGAACGGCUAAUGUCCGGUCGUUAGGCUAUUCGGACUUAUUCUGUUUAGCCAAGGACGACCUCUUAGUCGCACUGGCGGAUUAUCCAGAGGCAAGAGCAACGUUAACCGAGCGAGGAUGUCAGCUUUUGCGAAAGGAUGGUCUACUGGAUGAAGAUGUGUUCAAAAAGGCCAAAGAAACUCAGGAUUCGGUGCUCGAUAGCAUCAAAAAAUUAGAGAAUACUGUAGAAAUAUUACAAACACGCCUCGCUAGACUUCUUGCCGAAUUCAGCGCCAGUCAGGCGAAGCUGAAGCAGCGCCUCACCCGCUUGGAACUCAGCAAGUCGGAACGUGAACAAGACAACACACCUGAGACUUUAGAAGUUCCUACAGGACGUCGAAGAGUGCAUUCAUUUGAAGAAGAAAGGAUAUUUACAGUAAGGAAAAAAUUAGAAAAUGUCCCGUUCAGUAGUAGACAUAAAACUAUGUAAUGAUAUAAACGUUGAUUAAAAGUAAUGUACAUAAAUUUUAAAUUUAAUCAAGGCUAACCAAAUAUUCAAAUGCUUUACAAACUACUAUUGACGAUAGCGAAAACAAUUUUAUAUUUUGUCAGUUUUUUAACUGAAGUAGACGUUAAGUGUUUCUAAAGGUAGGAAACUAAACUGCUUUAAAAAUACUUAUUUUUUCUACAUUUACAACAGCAAGAGUGAUGAUUGUGUCGUAACAUAUACAAAUUAAAUGUAUUUCCGACAUUUUGGUUAAUUUUUAUUUUUAUUAUUCUUAUAGAAAUUUCUUUACAAACCCAACGACACAAACACUGUUGCAACGAGUAUACACUUAAAAGUAUGUGAUGUAAUAUAGAAUUAAAUAAAAUGAGUUUUUUGUACGUUGUUCUAUGACAUACCUAACAGGUCACAAAUUCGCAGUUUUUUUUUUCUUUUUAUUAAAAAUAUUAAAAAAAAAAAACGCAAGUAGGGUACAUACAAAUUUUUGGAGCAUAUGUUUAAGAUAAAUAAGUACAAACCCACAUCUUCCAACAAUACCAAAAAAUCGUGUAUAGAAUACAUUUUUAAAUCACCGAUAUACCUAACUGUUUAACGAAAAGUAUCCAAAAAUUUAUUUCAAGUAGAUACUGAUCAUGAAUCAUUAAACAGAUAAACAGAAUUUUUCAAACAUUUUUUUAUCAUUAAAUUAAAUCAUUUUUAAAUUCAUUUAGUUACCAUUCAAGAAAAUAUUGAAUCAGUGUGAAAAUGUCUUAAAAUCUACAAUAAAUAAAAGGUAAUACAUACAACAAUAAAUUUAGUACGUAAAAAAAAUAAUACAAAAUUGUUCUACUUUUUCGUCUUACACAAUUGGCAAUCACUUUGUUGGAAGAAUAAAUAUUAAAUUUAUAUCAUUGUGUGAACUUAAAUUUAAUCAAAAAAUGCUGUAAGAAAUAAUAAGUGUAAUGAUGUUUUAAAAGAUUUUGGCAAUUCAAAAACAUUUAAUUUGCUCUUUAAUAAAAUUUACAUAUCCUAAAAUCAAUAAUUAAUGUUUAGAUAAAUUUAAUUCUCUGGUCUAACAACCCUAAAAUUAAAAAAAAAUAAGUAAAUGAUAAAAAUUUUGGUGAAUAAUUCAAAAUCACACAUUCAUCUUUCAUUUUUCGUAUGGAGCACAAGUAUCCAUAUAAUUAUAGUAGUUAGUCUUUAAAGAAAAUUAAACUACUCGCUGUAUAAUGUGUUAUAUGAAACUCAGGUAAUAGAAAUAUUAAUUACUCCUAUUAUUUAACUACUAUAGUUUCAAUCAAAAAUGCAAUUUUAUCUUCUAAAAUAGACAAAUAAAUAAGACAUAGUGUAGAAUCAAGAAGCUAAUUCUGUUUUUUUUUUGUUGAAAUAUAGUUUUGGAAAUCGUUUCUAGAAUAAAUGUAGAAGAUCGAAUAAAAAUUCGUUUCAACUUAUAAAAUCAAAUUUAGAGGGCGAUACACGUAACGUAUAAAAGAUAGAAGCACAAAAUUACUUUAUAAUCGCUGCUAUAGACAUAUCUAUUUUCUUAAAUGUUCAUAAGUAUUUUAUAUAAAGUUUGUUUCUUUAAAAAAGGUAUAGACAAAUACCUAAUUUAUCAGAGCCUUAUUAUAAUUGUGAUAAUCCAAUAUUUGUAUUAAAUGUACAUACUGUUAAUGAUAAAGCUUUAAAUAGGUAUGAAAAAAAUUUGAUUUGUAUUAUAACAGACGUAUUUUCUAAAAGUAAUUUUAAGUAACAUUUCUUAUAAUCUGUUAGUAAA